AUGUCCGCUCAGGAUUACGCGGCAUCCGUGCAGCCCUCUUACUCGACCAAUGCAAACGCUUACAACGCCUAUCAAUGGCCAACUGCCAUAAAUAGCAUAAACACCCUGAACACACUUGGAACCUACAAUCCUUACAAUAAUUACACCACCACUACGACUCCAAUGAACUCAGCCUAUUCGGGUUUUCGAGUUAGCGGUGGUAUCUCGCCUAUCGGUGAGUUGAAAGCUCAGUUCGAUGCUGUUGCUUGGGAAGCAUCGCGGAUUUUUCCUGUAGGUGGAAAUCGAAGUGCCUCAGGUGGCAGUACUGGCACAACCUUAUCGGGUACUUCUGCCUCAACAGCAUCGCCGUCACGAGGCUCGUCAUGUGGUGGUGGUGAUCAACAAUUGACUAGUUCUGAAUUGGUAAGUAGAAGUUCAAGUUUGUUCUCCGCAAAGAACUCUAUUACGGUAACUAUAAUUGUCAAGUGA